AUGGAAGAUAAAUCUGUAGCAGAAUCGCUCAUUCCUCGGUUCCAGAUUGAGAAACUGCUCAAUCAAGAUCAGAGUGACCGUCGAAUUUCACUGCUCGGCCACAUCGACGGCAAGCAAGGCAUCCUCAUUGCCGAACGUGCAGCGUUUGCAACAGAGUCUCUUGAAGUCCUGAAAGCAUUUCAUUCGAGCAUAUCUCAAGUGCGCAACCUAGGCGAUAAUGACAUCUACAAAUGGUAUAUGGCAAACUCGUCACCGCCAUCCACUAGCGACGCAAACAGUCCACCGGAUCUCAAAAUAAACCUCAUUUGGCCAUGCACAGCUCAACAUAUCAGAAAGUAUUCUGCUCAGACUGUGCGCAUGGUUACGGAGACUCCUCAAAUCUACAAAGACUAUAUCCGCCCAUAUAUGCAGCAGAAGCGCGAGGAAGGAAGACUAAACUGGGUGUUCAACAUUCUCGAGGGUCGCACAGAGCAAGAAGAUGUCAUUCUUCGAGACAAGGGUACCAAUCCUGAUGAAGAUGGAUUCUUGAUGCUGCCCGAUCUCAAUUGGGAUCGAAAGACAAUCAGCUCAAUGCACCUACUUGCACUGGUUGAACGUCGAGAUAUAUGGUCACUACGCGACCUGAAGCGAAAACACAUUCCUUGGCUCAAGUAUUUGCGACAAAGAAUCAUGGACGCUACCGUCAAGACGUAUGCAGGUCAAAUUGAGGCAGAUCAGUUGAAGAUGUACGUUCAUUAUCAGCCGACAUACUAUCAUUUCCAUGUACAUAUUGUCAAUGUUAUGCUGGAGGCGGGCUCGACACAAGCUGUCGGAAAGGCAUUCGGCUUGGAGAAUAUCAUCGGGCAGCUUGAAGCCAUUGCUGGAGAUGAUGAAGCCGGUAUGGCUGAUGCGAGUUUGUCGUAUUUCUUGGGGGAAGCGAGUGAGCUGUGGAGCACAGUCUAUGAGCCACUGAAGAAAGGCGACAUGCUAAAGAUUGAGCAGAAGUUACACAAAUAA